UGAGUCGUUUUGCUUUGACAUGAAAAGUAUUUUUUAAUUAACUUUAAUCGUAAAACUUUUUUUAUAUAGUUUCAUACAGAAAUAUAUAAUCUAAAAUGGAUUUGUAUAAACUGUAAAAUUAAAAUUGCCGGCUUCAAUUACUAUUUAGUAAAGUAAGUAAUAAUAAAGAUAAAAAUAAACACAACGAUGAUCAAAAAUAUGUUUCACAUUCUCCAAUACGCAAGUCAAUACCAAAUCCAUCAAUGAAAAAUAAUCAAUUAAAAAUUACCAAUAUGUUUACUAUUAAACGCAGUAGAAGCCCUGAUAAGGAUUAUGAAAAGAAUGACUCUAAAAAAAUAAAAUUAGAUGAAAUAGAUAGUUGUGAAACAAGUGGUGAAGCCUGUGAUAAUAAAAAUGAAGAAAAGAUUGAUAAUACUAAUUCUUUUGAAGAUUCCAAUAUCAUUAUAAAAAAUAAUAAUGAAAUUAUUAAAGAAAAUGAAAUUACCAAUAGUGAUGUUAGGAGUAUUAACAAUGCUGAUGAGAACCAAAAUAAAUUAAAUGACAUUGAAUUAAAUGUUACAAACAACACAAAAGAAGCAGAUAAGUUGUUGAAGCAAAAUGAAAAAUUAAACAUCUUGCCUGAUAUUGAGAAAUGUGAUAUAUGUGGGCAAUUUUUGAACAACUCUGAUAUUAUAUACUACCAAGGACAUCCACAAGACGCUGUAGAGGAAUUUAUAGCAUUAACUAAUGAAAAAUUAGUUUUAGCCUCUGGUGAAGAUGGUGAUAUAAUGGAGAGACCACAAACAAAUAUAACAGGAUUUUCAAUAUUUGAUCAACAAGGCCAUUUGUGUCCAAUUGACGGAGGCCUGGUUGAAAGUGAUGUAAGAAUAUACAUGUCAGGUUACCUCAAAUCUAUUUGUUCUGACAUACCUGAUAUUGAUGAAGAAUCAAUACCAGUGAAAGAUGUGGGGCCUAUUAUUGAAUGGUUUAUACAUGGUUUUGAUGGUGGAACGAAAAAUUGCAUUACAUUGUCUACAGAAUUUGGUGAAUACAACCUACUCAAACCCAGUAAAGAAUAUACUCCUUUAAUGGACAAUUUGUAUGAAAAAAUAUGGCUUAGCAAAGUCGUAGUUGAGUAUUUAGAAGAAUAUCAUUACCUACAACCUACAUAUGAAGAUUUGCUUGAAAUGAUAAGGGAAUGUACUAUUCCAGAUUUGGAUGAUAAAAAAAUGUCUGAGGAAAUGCUGCACAAACAUGCCCAAUUUGUUUGUGAUCAAGUCGUCAGUUUAGAAGCUGAUGAAGACAAUGAUCCUUUAAUAACAUUGCCAUGUAUGAGAGAGCUUAUAAAGUUAAUGGGUAUCAAGUUUGGAAAGAGAAAAGUUCGUGCGAAAAUUGAUUAUAAAAAGGUAGACAAAAAAGCAUGGACAAAAGCUACAACUACUCCUCUAGUAAGAAAGACGUUUGAAAGUUUCUUUACUAAUCAGUUGGAUAAGACAAACCAUGAACUUGUAUUAAGAAGGAAAAGAUGUGGUGUAUGCGAAGCUUGUCAAUUACCAGAUUGUGGAGAAUGCAAUGCAUGUAGAGCAAUGCUUAAGUUUGGUGGUCAUGGGCGGACAAAAAAGGCAUGUAUUAGAAGACUUUGUCCUAACAUGGCUGUACAACAAGCAGAAGACUCAGAGAUUGAAGAUGAAGAAGAAUAUCAACACGCUGCAGAAAAACGCCAGCUUGAUAAAAUUGAUGAUACUGUGCCAGUUAAAUUAACAGGAGCAAACAAUAAAAAACUGAAAUGGAUUGGGGAACCUAUUAAAGCAGAUGCCACUAAAGUAUAUUAUGAGAUUGUUGAGAUUGAUGGUGCAGAGUUAAAAAUAGGAGAUUUCGUAAUGGUGGAAACAUCACAACCAAAUAUUCCAGCAUUAGUCUCAAGAGUCACUUAUAUGUGGAAAGAAAUUAUAAAUCCCAAAUCUGGUUAUUUUCAUGCUGAAGUUUUUAUAAGAUCUUCUGACACUGUCCUCGGUGAGGUUGGAGAUCCUAGAGAAGUAUUUUUAGGUAAUAGAUGUUGUCAUGGUGCACCCUUAUCGUCUAUUCUACGAAAAGCACAUGUGGAAAAAAGAGAAGCACCUAAAGAUUGGUUUAAAUUAGGUGGUAAAGAGGUGGUUGAAGAUUAUUUCGAAGAUGAUGGUAAAACAUAUUUUUAUCAAAAAUACUAUGAAAGAUUUACAGCUCGAUUUGAAGAUCUUCCACUUGACCCAGAAUGUCCAAAUGAACUUAGAAAACACAGGUUCUGUCCAUCAUGUGAGCGUAAAACCAAACGUGACGCGAAAGAUAUACCAAAGGUUUCUGUUAAACUAUCAGAAAAAUCUUCUGUUGUCCCUGAAAUGAACAGAAGCGAAUGGACAAGUGUUAGGUGGCGAGACCAUGAUUAUAAGAAAGGAUGUGCCGUAUUUCUCAAACCUGGAACUUUUAAAUUCAAACAUACAAACAACAACAAUAAUAGUAACGGUAAGAUGAAAUUGGAAAAGGUUGAUGAAGACAUUUACCCUGAAUAUUAUAGGAAAAGUGAUAAUUAUUUACGAGGCUCUAACAUAGACACGGGUGAACCGUUUUGUGUUGGUUAUGUAGCUGCUAUUACUGCAGCAGGUGAAGGUCCUCUAGUUGUACCUCAAGAUAUUUACAUUAAAGUCAAGGUUUUAUACAGACCUGAGAAUACGAGUAGUAGAUUUCCAAACCAUGAAGAUCUCAAUGUCGUGUACUGGAGUGAUGAAAUAAAAGAAGUACCAUUUUCGGCAGUUGUAGGUCCUUGUAAGUUAGUUUUUAUUGAUAAUAUUCCAGAACAAGACUAUAUCUACGAUUGGCUGGAAAAAGAUCCAAGUAGGGUUUAUUUUAGAAUGGCUUUUAAUAAAGCUACCGGACAGAUUGAAGAUGUUCCACAACAAGCAAAAAGCAUAGGACGUGGAGACAAAGGCAAAGAUAAGGGAAAAGGUAAAGGAAAGUCGAGCAAACCAUUAGAACCUAACAUCGCGGCCAUUCCGGAAAUAAAUAUUAGACCUUUAAGAACUUUAGAUGUGUUUGCUGGAUGCGGUGGCCUAUCUGAAGGGCUGCAUCAAUCUGGCGUAGCAGAGUGCAGGUGGGCUGUAGAGAACAUGGAAGCUGCAGCUCACGCUUACUCUCUCAAUAACAAGAAUUGUAUAAUUUUUAAUGAAGAUUGCAAUGCAUUACUGAAAGAUGCUAUGUCUGGGGCAACCCAUAGUGAAAGUGGCUUAAGGCUUCCAAUGCAAGGAGAAGUUGAACUACUUUGUGGCGGGCCACCUUGUCAGGGUUUCUCCGGAAUGAAUAGGUUUAACUCUAGAGAGUAUUCAAAUUUUAAAAAUUCCUUAGUGGCAUCAUACCUCUCUUUCUGCGACUUUUAUCGACCUAAGUAUUUUAUUCUCGAGAAUGUAAGAAACUUUGUAGCUUUUAAGAAAGGUAUGGUUUUAAAACUAACACUCAGGACACUGCUUGAUAUGGGUUACCAGUGUACAUUUGGUAUCCUACAAGCUGGUAAUUAUGGGGUACCACAAACGCGAAGAAGAUUAAUAAUAUUAGCAGCGGCUCCUGGUUACAAGCUGCCAUUGUAUCCCGAACCGACACACGUAUUCAGCAGACGCGCUUGCUCGUUGACUACCACUAUCGACGGCAAACGAUUCAUGACGAAUAUUCAAUGGGACGAAUCUGCUCCACGGCGGACAUGUACGAUCCAAGAUGCAAUGAGCGAUUUACCGCAGAUAUGUAACGGGGCCAACAAAAUCGAAAUAGAUUAUGGAUCUAUGCCCGAAACGUACUUCCAACGUUUAGUGAGAAGCAGAGACGAGACGACAAGAUUGCGCGACCACAUUUGUAAAAAUAUGGCCCCGUUAAUACAGGCACGGAUGAGUAGAAUACCCACCACUCCUGGUUCAGACUGGAGAGACUUGCCAAAUAUAUCGGUCACACUCUCGGAUGGAACUAAAUGCAAGGUGCUACACUACCGCCACGAAGACAAGAAGAAUGGUCGGUCCGCGCGAGGGGCGCUGCGGGGCGUGUGCGCGUGUGCGAGCGGCGCGCCCUGCUCGCCCGCAGACAAGCAGGAGAACACGCUCAUCCCCUGGUGUCUGCCGCAUACAGCCAACCGACACAACAACUGGGCCGGCCUCUAUGGUCGCAUAUCUUGGGAUGGGUACUUCAGCACUACGGUGACGGACCCUGAGCCCAUGGGCAAGCAGGGCCGCGUGCUGCACCCGCAGCAGCAUCGAGUCGUAUCCGUGCGCGAGUGUGCUCGCUCGCAGGGCUUCCGCGACACGUAUCUUUUUGCAGGCUCUGUUCAGGACAAACAUCGCCAGAUUGGAAAUGCAGUUCCACCACCAUUGGGUGCAGCCUUGGGGAGAGAAAUCAAAAAAGCAUUAAGUAACUCAAAUUUAUAGCAGUGACAUAGUUAUUUUAAUGUUUUAUUAUAUAACUUAUCACAAUAAUCAUGCUACAAUUACACUUUAAUAAUAGAAUACGUCUUUUUUUGUUUUC